AUGCAUUGGGACGCCCAGGAGCCUAUGGUUCAAUCACAAAGAUGUGAACGUUGCGGCGAGGGCGGUGCCACGUUAGCCAAUUGUGUAGAUUGUGGCCGCUAUUUGUGUCGUCGGUGCGUGAGCUGCGCUGGACAAUGUGCCGAUUGCACAGCAAAAGUUGAACAGUCUGCCCUGGGUUGUGCCAUCUGUAGGAAUAUGGAAAACGCUUAUUACUGGUGCGCCGCAUGUCACUCCAUUGUCUGUAGAAGAUGUGUGCUUCAGUCAUAUAAGGGUCGGCCCACCACCGUUCUCUGCAAGUCUUGUCAGAUGUCAUCCCCACUGCCGGCGCCGGUGACGCUGUGCGGCAGGUGUAAAGGGGUUUUGCGAGACGAAAGCACGUGGUACUACUGCGAGGUGUGUGCGGAGCCACUGUGCAGAAAUUGUCUUUCUUCUUCUUUUGAGUGCGGUGUGUUGAAGUGUCUGACGUGUUGUCCAGCCCCUGUCCGAUUAUUGAGUGGCAACAGGCAGAUUCGAAUGUUUUUAGACGACGAGCUGAAAACCCUGGUAGCUUCCAUUUCUCGAACAAAAUCACAAACGGCGGCAACAAGUGCAACGACGGGGGUGUCUUUUUCAAAGUAUAGGCAUUUACGAAAUCGCGAGAAGCUGGGCGAAGGGGGCCAGGGUGCUGUGUUUAAGUGCACGACGCUGGACAAUGAGGUGGUGGUUUCAAAGGAGAUGACGUUUGAUGACGGGGAUCGAGCGGCUUUUGAGGCACGUCUUAUUCAGGCCGAAAAGAUGCGGAUGCUUUCCCAUAAGCAUUUAAUACGUUAUUUGGAUGUGAUUGGUUUGGAGAACCCGUUGAAGAUUUGUGUCAUCAUGCCGUACUACGCCGAGGGAGAUCUCUUUAAAUAUAUCAAGCGGCAGCGUGGACCCAUCGAAGAGCAUAAACUCUGCUCUAUUAUCCUCCAAAUAGCAUCUGCUUUACACUAUCUUCAUUCCCAGAGGCCGCCCCUGGCACAUUGUGACAUUAAACCCGACAAUAUACUUCUUCUUAACCGUGAGGAACAAGUUCUUCUUAUGGAUCUGGAUCUGUGCCGUUCCUGCGAUGUUCAAUCGAGUGCAACGUCAAGAGUUCUUUACGAAUGCCAUGGGAACUCACCGACAUUUGAAUAUCGUGCACCAGAGAUGGUGAAGUCGGCGGGAUCGACGGAGUCUGAUAUAUUUAGUUUAGGUGUUGUGUCAUUUGUUUUGGCGACGCUGCCGGAGUUUGCAAUGCUUCGCAACGGCAAGGGCGUUAUGACGGUUCUGAAUGACUCUGACUGGACGCCGGACUCCUUGGCACGUGCAGUUCGUGCCGCAAUUGAAGCGCACACACGCGUUUACUCGGAGGAGCUGAUAGAUCUUAUUAUUGGGAUGUUGCGGCACCGACCAGCCUCACGCCCCCAGGCGAUUGAAGUAAUGAUGAGGCUUACGGAAGCAAUGGAGAAUCGUCUUUUGAGGUGCGGCAUUUGA